UCAUUUCUAUUUGAUUUCAGGUUUUAUUCAUGCAAACCCUCGCGGCCGCGCCUGCCGUUGGCCUUUUUAGCCGUCGUCCUCGACUCGCUGCCAUUAACAUGGAUGUCAUGGGAUCAUCUUCCGGUACAACCCCUGAAAACCCUGCCGCGGCGAAGGAAGCAGGCAACAACCCUGCCUUCUUCGACAUAUACGGUCCUGAUGGGAAGGCUGAUGUUGUUUGGAAAACUUCUUCAACUUCUUCAUCAAUCAGCCUCCAGGACAUUCAAGGGCUUGUUACUUGGGUUCUAGGUGAAGGUGUGAUGCCAACUUGGAUUUUUGUAAAGAACAAGCCUCUUAUACGGAAAGUUGUCAUGCUUCAUGUUCCAGGCUUGGACGCUGCACUUUAUAUGUCUAAUUCCGUGAUUUUAAGAGGCCUUGCAGGUUGCUGUGGCAUUCCAAAGCCUGUUUUAUCCCUCAGCUGCAUGGCAGAUGAGAUGCAAACCGUUGAUGCACUUUUAACUUGCAAAGUGAAACGAAAGCGAGAGCAAAUUGAUUCCAAAUCUGAGGAGGCUAGCAAAGUUGUACAAGGAAAGGCACAUAGUAUCGAGGCUGAAAAUGAUUCACCUUUUCCGUACUUAUACUACACCCUUUCAAAGAAGGAGCUGGAGGAAAAUGGUUAUUGCUUCAGCAAGUCAGAUUUUGUCCCCACUGUUCCUGCUCCUUCUGGUACACCUCCGUAUGAUAUCCUGUCACUCGACUGUGAGAUGUGUGUGACUGCCAUGGGUUUUGAACUUACACGAGUGACCUUGGUUAACAUCGCAGGAGAGGUGUUACUAGAUGAACUUGUUAAGCCUUCAAAUGCUAUCAUCGACUACAAUACUAGGUUUAGUGGUAUCACAGAGGAGAUGCUUAAUGAUGUUAUGACAACGCUUGAGGAUGUUCAGAAAGAUUUUCUGAAAUAUGUCUACAAGGAAACAAUUCUAGUUGGGCACUCCCUGGAGAAUGACCUCUCAGCACUGAAGAUUUCUCAUAAUGUAAUAAUUGAUACUGCUAUUUUGUACAAGCAACCACGUUCUGGAACCCGGAAACCAGCAUUAAGAGUUUUAUCAUGGAAGUUUCUCACUCGGAAGAUACAAGUUCCCGGAGAAGGGCAUGACAGCAUUGAAGAUGCAAGAGCUGCAAUGGAUUUGGCGCUGUUGAAGAUUAAAAAUGGACCUGAAUUUGGAUCACGUUCAUCACUGAUGCGAUGCAAGUUGGUCUCUGUCUUGCAUGAAGGUGGCAAAAAAUGCUCCCUUGUAGAUGAUUCGUCCAUAAUAAGAAGAUUUUCUGAUGGAGCAUGCAACGUGAUUCCUGUUUAUUCAGAUGAAGAAGCUCUUUCAAAAGCCUUAAAAGAGGUAAAGAAUGAAAAUGUAAGCUUUGUUUGGACUCGAUUUUCAAGACUUCACUCAUAUUGGAAGAUGCAAACACAAAAUACAGAGACGUUGAAGUAUCGGGUUGCUGAAAUGGUUUCAAUGCUGACCUGUAAUAGUAAAUCAGCCAAGCAAGAAAUAAGUCAUAUGACUUCAAGCUCUGAAUUGAAAGUAAUUUUAUCUGAAAUUGAUGAAAGAAUUCAAAAGCUCUAUGAUGCGUUGGCUGGAAAUACUUUAUUUAUAGUAUCCACUGGCCAUGGGGAUACAGCUAUUGUUCAGAGACUUCGGAAUAUGCUCAAGGAUGCCUUUGAACCUUCAGUCAGACAGGAGGAUGUCCUUCGAGUCUUGGAAGAGCUCCAAGCUCAGGCAGAAGUCUCUCUGUGUUUUGCUAUUGUCAAGCACUGGUAAAGGUGACCGGUGUAGGAUUUCAUUCCGGUUAGUUGCUCUAUCAGGAAUCUCCAUUGCCUAAGGUGUAGGUUUCAUUUGGGACGACUUUUUUACAGUUUCUUAAAGCAGUUUUUUAGUACAAAAUUAAAAAUUUUUGUACUAAAAGGCUGUUUUAAGAAGCAGAAAAAAAAAACGAUCCCAAACAAAACCGUAGCUGAUAUUGUUUCGUCUAUUCUUUUACUGAUAUUUGCUUCUUCCUCCAACUUCCCAAUUUACCACAAUGUGACUGGGCAUUACUAUCAUUGAAGCUAUUUGAUGGCAAUAUUGGUGGGAGUAUUGUAUGGCUUUUCCAUAACUAAUAAAAGGAGAUUCCAUUGCCAGUUGUUCUAUGUAUUGCAGGAACCUAAAGAUGACAAGCAAGAAGUUCAACUGAGGCUUUGUUUGGAA